GUCCACAAUCCACAAUUUUAGGACUAAUAGAAUAGAAAAAGGAUAGUGCGUGAGCUGUGACUAUUCUUUGAUACCACAAAUCAAAGUUUCGUCUCAACUCUAAAAACAUAUUCUCCUCCCAAAAUUUCUCUGUGGUCUGAACCAACAACAAUGGCUUCUACUUCCUUAAUCAACUCAUUGACUUUUACCUCUCGCACCCCCACUCUUCACUACUUAACCCGCCUCACCCCCACCUCAUCACACCGAUUCGCUAUCUCCCCCCGUUCCAUCUCAACCAGAAUCUCUUCCCCCGUUCUAUGCAAGGCCGUCUCCGUCAAUUCCCAAACCACCAUCGAAGGUCUCAACAUUGCCGAUGAUGUUACGCAGCUCAUAGGAAAAACACCAAUGGUUUAUCUGAAUAGCAUCGCAAAGGGUUCCGUUGCUAAUAUUGCUGCUAAGCUUGAGAUUAUGGAGCCUUGUUGUAGUGUCAAAGACAGGAUAGGUUACAGUAUGAUACUUGAUGCUGAGAAGAAAGGAGCCAUAACACCUGGGAAGAGUGUUUUGGUGGAACCUACUAGUGGGAACACAGGAAUUGGUCUUGCCUUUAUAGCAGCUUCUAAAGGUUAUAAACUCAUUUUAACAAUGCCUGCUUCCAUGAGUUUGGAAAGACGAGUUCUUUUGAAAGCAUUUGGAGCUGAGCUUGUUUUGACUGAGGCUGCGAAGGGUAUGAAUGGAGCAGUUCAAAAAGCUGAAGAAAUUGUAAAAAGUACACCUGAUGCAUACAUGCUUCAACAAUUUGACAAUCCUUCAAAUCCCAAGAUACAUUUUGAGACAACUGGGCCAGAGAUAUGGGAAGAUACAAGAGGCAAAAUAGAUAUUUUAGUUGCAGGGAUUGGAACUGGUGGAACCAUUUCUGGAACCGGUCGAUUCCUAAAACAACAAAAUUCAAAAGUACAGGUUAUUGGUGUAGAGCCUCUCGAAAGCAACAUACUUUCAGGUGGAAAGCCAGGACCUCACAAAAUUCAGGGUAUUGGGGCUGGUUUUGUGCCCAGGAAUUUGGAUGAAGAAGUGCUUGAUGAAGUUAUAGCGAUAUCCAGUGAUGAAGCUAUUGAAACUACAAAGCAAAUAGCACUUCAGGAAGGCUUGCUGGUGGGAAUUUCUUCAGGUGCUGCUGCUGCAGCUGCAUUGCAGGUUGCAAAGAGGCCUGAAAAUGAGGGAAAGCUUAUUGGGGUUGUAUUCCCAAGCUUUGGUGAAAGAUAUUUGUCCACUGUUCUUUUCCAGAAAAUUCGAGAAGAAUGUGAGAACAUGCAACCGGAGCCAUGAAAUAAUUUUACACGUUUCAGGUUUCAGACACAUUUUUCACAAUCAUCUUCCAUGUUGUAAGGCAUGACUAUGUGACAUAUCCAUGUUACCCGUUUCUCAUUUUUUUGAUAUUUAAGAAAUUAGAAGCUUCUGAACUGGUCAUUAGAUUUUAAACAUGCCACUGAUCAACGGCCCUUCAACAAUACAGUUUCCGAAUAUCCUAGCAUUUUGGAGGGCAAAACUUUUUGAUGGAUUAUGAAUGGUAUUAGUCUUCUUUAUGUGUUGAAAAAUUCUGCAUAAUGUUCUUAGUUCAAAAAUAAUGGAUGAAACAAAGUUUAUCUUUUGCUUUUAA